UUUAAGAAGAUUAGGCAGAGAACGAGAGAGUAGUGGGAACCAACCAUGGGUUCCUCGUCUGUCUCGUCUCUCUCCCUCACUCUUUCGCAGUUUUCGUCCAUCACCAACUUCGCACUCUCUGGAAAACCCUAUAACCCAUCUAAGAUUUUCCACUCUAAGACCCCAAAAGCGCUAACACUUUCUUCUACUUCUUCAUCUCAUGGAGUUAUUACCAAGUCCGUUCCUUUGGCUGCUUCCAUAGCCAUUCUUCUAUGGUCAAAUCCAGCUAACGCUGGAUUUCUGUCUGGAUUCUCUGGGAUUGAAUCAGUUCCUGGCCCUCAGUUACCUCAAGUUGACUUUCUUAGUCGUCUCAAUGAAGAAAACCAGAAAAAAUAUGCUGAAAAUGAUGCAAGAUUUAAAUCAUCUCCAAUAGUUAAAGAGCUACUUGAGCGUUCCAAGUUGAACAAAGAAAAGAAUCGUCAACAAAUUGAAGACAAGUAUUGCGUACGUGGUGCAGAAUGGGGAGUUGGAGAUUGCUCAGCAGAGGCAAUGUCACCGGAUGAUAGAGACAAAUUUAUUUCAAUGUUGAAGAAGAAAGCUGGUAUAAGUGAUUGAAGAAUCCUUGGAUGGUGCUUUCUUAGAUCAGCAGCACCAUGUGUAUAUCAAGAUCAAAUUUGUGAAACAAAGACACAUUUUGUGUGUAUAAACACGAUUUAGACGAGCAUAUAGCUAGUUUGUCAAAACCGUUGCUUGUAAUCAAUAAGAGUUUCACGUUGAAAUGCAGAAACUUGACGACUUUGACGGAAAUUGGGAAGCUAACCAACAGGAUAUAUAUAUAAAACUCUUUUACAUUUUAGUGUUCA